GAUAAUUUCAUUUAACUAUGUGGGUUUAUUUUAGGACUUCAAAACCCGUGUGGAUCAAGCAUGUGCAGCAACAGAAGAAUUUGCAAAUAUUUAUUAUGAAACCAUUGAUAAAAGAAGACAGGUAAUAACCAGACUGUACACUGAUGAUGCAACUCUAGUUUGGAAUGGGAAUGCUGUAUCUGGCCAAGAAGCUCUUGCUAAAUUCUUUGAGAUGUUACCAUCUAGUGACUUCCAAGUGAACAGCUAUGAUUGCCAGCCUGUUCAUGAGCAAGCGACUCCGAAUCAGACUACUGUUCUUGUCGUGACCUGCGGGACUGUCAAAUUUGAUGGGAACAAGCAACAGUACUUCAACCAGAACUUCUUGCUAACAGAACAGACCACAAAUAAUAACACAGUCUGGAAAGUCAUGAGUGAUUGUCUCCGUUUCCAAGAAAGCCCUCAUUAGUGAGAGGAGCAAGAGUGGAUGUUUUCUUCUGGAUUUUUUUUUUUUAAAUAGCCCUGGCAUUGGGGGUGAGCCUGUUGAGUGUGGAUAUUCACCGGUCUCUCCACACCUCUUUGUACGUUUCACAGUUAUAGCAUAUAUUGUUUUUAAUGAAAGAACUUCCUUGCUUUCAAGGUUUCAUUAAGCUGCAUCACAACCAAGUUUAACUAUACUGUGAUUGCCUCUUCAGGUGACAGUGGAAUAAUUUCUAUAAGUGUUCUGUGCAUUUAUAACAGAUUUCAAAAUUAACACUCUAUGGACCCUUUUGAAUAUUUUGGGAGAAAUGUUAUUAGGCUCAAGUUUUGUUUACAGUGAGAAUUAAAAUGAUGGUGGGAGAGACAAAGAUUGUAUCUGUGAUUCAUGAGGUCUUUUGGAAUGUGUGGGCCUUGCUGAAACAAGUACAAGAAUUUUGCUACAGGCUAGGUGAAACAUGAGCCUGUGGCCGAUUUAUUCCUGUGGAAUUUCUCUACAUGUUUAUGCUGUUUUUAUACGUUUGCAUUUUUCACUUAUUCCAUAGCAGUAAUUGCUUCAGAUUUCAGUAUUCAGAGAAAAAAAAAAGUUUAAUAAAAAGGGAAAUCCAUCUAAGGGAAUUUUUCUGUUCUCUAAAUUGUUCUUCAUUUGUCAUUUUUUACAGUGAAGAGUCAGAACAUUUCUGAGUAGUUAGGGACAAAUAAAUUUAAUGGGAUUGAAAAU